AUGGCAAUCACGAUCCGCGAUAACUCGACCGGUAGUUCCCACCGGGGUUUCUUCAACACCCUCCGCGACCACGAGCUCGAGACACGAUCCGAAAACGUAAUGCUACCUUCGGCUGUGCCGAAAGUAAGCAUGUGGCAUCGACUAGGCUUGGGACGAUGGCUUCACAAAGACGAGCAUACCUCCGGAUCGAGUUCCCCCACCAACACUACCAACGAUCACCGAGAGAAUCUAUCGCGGCGUCUAUCUCGAAAAGUAGGCGCCGUCGGUCUACCGCGACCCGCUACAUUUCGUCGACAAAAUUCCGAGCGACGAGAUCGAUUGGCACCCAUCGAGCCAGAGUAUCGCCGGACCCAAUCCGCGGAUCGCCGUCGGACAUUGAGUGUGCAACGAUCACACUCACCGACAUCCCUCAAUGUUGCCCGACUUUCAGCGCCUGAGGUGGGAUCUUGGAGCGAACAAUUAUCCGGUCUGGGCCUUCGAGAUGACAAUUCGACUCACGAGUAUUUACAUGAUACGGCGACUUUGGACCAUGCGGAAUCGAACCCAUAUAAUCGCUUCGACGACGCAAGCAUACAACCAGAGACCGUGGACGACGAAUUAGAGCAAGAAUUAGAAAGGAAAUGGAUUUUGAAUUUGAGCAUGCACUUUCGCGACAAGUCCGAACGGGAGAAGUUCUUCGUCACGUAUGCAGAAAAGCCGAAUAAAUGGCGAAGAGUGACAGUAUCGUGCGAUUACCGAGGCGCUCCACCGGACUCUUUGGAGCAGGAUUUGAAGGAAUUACAUUACCAACGUGACAAAAGCGCUCGCAUCUACGAAUCGAUCAGAGAGUCGCUUCCAGAAAUACAAUUUUACGACACAGUCACCAACCUCAAACUUGAAACGAGUGAUGGCCGAUUGCAUGUACAUGUGACAGAAGAUGUCAACGAAACUAUUCCUUAUCCACCUGUAUCGAGUGUUCGACAUCUUGGAAACCGUCUGAUUCCAGAACAGGAUCUCAUGUUCGAGUCUCACCUUUCUGGGUUUGUUUACAAGGUUCAGUUAGACGGUAAAGCUUACAUCAAGAAGGAGAUCCCUGGUCCAGAUACCGUUGAUGAGUUCCUCUACGAAAUCAAUGCACUCCAUGCAUUACAUGGUUCGCAAAGUGUCAUACAGUUCGAGGGCAUUAUUGUCGAUGACCAUCUCGAACGUGUCAAGGGUUUGCUAAUAAGUUAUGCGGAACAAGGUGCACUUGUGGACGUAUUAUAUGAUUUUCGCGGUCAGUUGCCGUUGGCUCGCAGAGAACGAUGGGCCAGGCAGAUCGUACAGGGUUUAUGUGAGAUUCACGAGGCUGGUUAUGUACAAGGUGACUUCACAUUAUCGAACAUUGUCAUUGACGGAAAUGACAAUGCCAAAAUCAUCGACAUCAACCGCAGAGGAUGCCCCGUUGGAUGGGAGCCACCCGAGAUCGCCGCAAAAAUAGAGAGCAAUCAGAGGAUAUCCAUGUAUAUUGGUGUCAAAUCAGACCUUUUCCAGCUGGGGAUGACACUAUGGGCCCUGGCAAUGCAAGAAGACGAGCCGGAGCGUCAACCACGUCCUUUGUUCAUACCGAUCGAUAUGAAAAUCCCUGAUUAUUAUAGAAGGGUCAUUGCUCAUUGUCUCAGUGACCGUCCACGAGAUCGAUUGUCCGCAAAGGAGCUACUAGCCAUGUUUCCACUUGAUAUGAAAGAUCAUCAUCACCCCAUCAGUGCUGUUGUCCCCCCUCCAUGGAGUGCUUAUCCUCACCCCGCUAGUGGUCCUCCAUUCUAUGAUUCACUUCAUAUUGAUGCUCCUCAGCCAGUUUGCCUUGAUGACGAUCACAAUCAGCACGUUGAGCGGCCAGGUGUGGUAUAUGUGACACCAGCUGAAUAUGAAUCAGAGGUCGAAUUUCCUGAAAUCGAUUUUCCUCCACGGGGUCGUCGACCGUCAACACACGGUCUUCCUCUAAGCGACUAUCAACCUUCGACAUACAUCCCAUCAAGUGUCUCCCGCGAUCCAGAUGGCCGUCGAUCCAUCUCACAAAGUGACUUUGAAAUUCAUAGCAGGCCAUCUCCAGCUAUGCGGGUUGAACCUCGAUUCGAGGAGGUUGAGGUCAAUGGUACGCAGUAUCUGGUCAAUCCGGACGUGUUCUCUGCAGAGGAUUUUGAAGCUCUGCAAGACAAUACACACGAACCUCACGACUCUCAGGAAUUAGAAAGUGGGAGAAGCUCUGAUAUAAGCCGCACUGUGGUUCCGCGAUCGGUUGAUGGAGGUAAAGAUGCGGAGAUUGAGCGAGAUGCGAACGCCGAAUCAUCGGAAGUCAAGGCUAGAAACGACCAGAAUGCUGGCAUCUUGGGGGACUUGGUUGGUGUGAGCAGCCACCCAUCAGUUUCAUUGGAGCAUCACAACGAAUCUAUGCCAUUUAGCAGUAAUCUGGAACGGCAACCUAUUGAGACUUCGCCCACUAUUACAAUGUCAGCUGCUCCGGUCUCACCAAUUAAUGUUUUUGAGGCUCCGAAGGAUCUUCCAGAGCCCAAAGAAGAGACAGAAGUCACACAAGGCUCGAGUAGUACUGGAAACCACAUUCCGGAAGAAAGCUCACUGUUCGAUUCGAAUCUGCCCAUCAACCCGGCCCUCCCGCGAACAACAGCAUCAUCAACAUCAUCAACGAAAAGAAGUUCACUGUUUAGCUCUAAGCUCCCAAUCAACCCAGCUCUUCCACAGAUAACAACAACCUCACGCCCAACCACAGCACGACCAACACCAUCAAGACGAAACUCGCUCUUUGGUUCGCUAUUACCAAUCAACCCGGCUCUUGCACAGACAACACCAUCACGACCAAUUUCCAGAAGGAACUCAUUGUUCGGAUCAAAACUACCAAUUAACCCGGCUCUACCACAAACAGCAUCCACAACAAAGGCAGGAAGAGGCGAGAAACCAACGAGUGCUAUGAAGCGACUCUCCUAUCUUCUCGAUUCGGUGUUACCUAUUAACCCUGCUUUCUCGGUCAGCCGCCGAGAUGGAAUGAAUUCUAAUACAUUCUAA